AGGUGACUGCCAGGUACCGAACAUCAAACCCACCUUUUACCUCACCUUCCUGCUUUCUUAGCCACCUUACUGUAUCACAACCGACGUCGUUUUAACGUUUGAUCGUUUCAUCUUUCAAACAACUUUACAAUCUUUCUUUUAUCCAUUAGAAAUUUCUAUAUUCUCUGUUCCUCGCCCUUCGUUCGAUUGAAAUCCGUCUAGCUCCAACCAUGUCUUUUGAUCAGCUAUCUUCCAUAGAAUCCGGCAGCGGGGGAGGUCGUCGCCAGAACAAUGGCGCCUACUCGGAUGAUCCGGAGUUCUCUCGAUUGUCGCAAGGACUCAUGAACACGCUUUUCCAUAUCCAGGGCAACAUCUCGAAGCUUAAGUCGGAUAUUAGUCUUCUCGGCACACGACGGGAUAAUCCUAGAUUGCGAGAGAGGGUUCACGCUACGAUUGAAGAGUCUACAACGAAGUUCAAGGAGGUUGGUGAAGGUAUCAAGAAGAUUCAGACAUGGGAAGAGCCUACGCCUACCCAAAAGUAUUCUCAGCAAAAGUUGUCGCGCGAGUUCAAGACAGCUCUCGGAGAAUUCCAAUCCCUUCAGCGUACCGCCCUCGAAAAACAGCGAGCCUCCGUUACCGCAGCAAAAGCCGCACUCGAUCACGAAGGAACCGAAGGUGCCCCAACCGGAAUCGAAGGCGAGCAGCUACAGCUUCAGCAACAGGAACAGGUCCACCUAGCUGCACAAGACGAAGUUGAUUUCCAGGAGGCCUUGAUCACCGAGCGAGAAGAGGAGAUCCGUCAAAUCGAGGAAGGCGUUGGCGAUCUCAACGUCUUGUUCCAACAGGUGGCGCAAAUCGUUAGUGAGCAAGGAGAGGUAUUGGAGACGAUUGAGAGCAAUGCUAUUAAUGUGCGCGAUGAUACCCGGGGUGCUGAUUACGAGUUGAGGAGUGCUGCAAGGUAUCAGAAGAACGCACGGAGCAAGGCCUGCUGUCUGCUCGUAGUUUUAGCUAUCAUCAUGGCUAUCGUUCUGCUGGCUGUAUUCCUUGGAUAGGUCGAGUUUUCAAGUUCGAGUAGGACGUGAGCGGUAUUUUGGGCGUUAUGGAGUUAUUGUGGAUAUAUCCACACGUUUGACUGGGUUGGUAUAUGGAAAUUCGCUGUCUAUAAUCGAUCGGCUAUCCUUUUGUUCUGAGGUUUUCAACAUAUAUUUUUCGACUGUGCCACUUUAAAGACCAGACGGAAGACCGUAC